GGAGCGGGCGGGCGAAAGCAGCCGCCCCCGAGCUGCCAAACGGGUGGGCCCCACAUCGUCUGCGCAGUCACCCAUCGGAUGCCGCGGUCGCGCCGCCUCCCUCCUCCAAUCGCUGGCCGGCCACUUUCCCCGCCUCGCCCAGCCUGUUCGUCCGCUUCCCAGCUCGCCGCGCUCCCCUCCCGGCGGUCAAACCCGAAGCCCACGGGCCGCCUUGCCGGCAUCGCGCUCCUCGGCGGAUGGGGCCGCCGCCGGGCGACGUGGUGGUGAUCAGCUCCGACGAGGACGAGGGCUCCCCGAGGCGGUCUGUCUCGCCCGGCUCCCUCGGAUGGGUCGCGUUGCGCGGGGACUCGCCGCCGCCGGUGCCAGUGCCGCGGAGGAAGAAGGGCAAGUCCCGCGGCGUUCGCGCCAGAAAGGACAACGACGACAACGACGACGACUGCGUGAUCCUGGACGGCGACCCUGACGGGCCGGCUGUGGUUGCGUGCGCCAAGGGGAGGGGCGCGGGGGACGGCGCGUCAGACGAGGUGGAGAUCGUCGCGGUCAAAGGCAAGAUAGCGUGCAAGGAUUUCCCUCACCCGCGGCAUUUAUGUUCUGAAUUGCCCUUUAGCACCACUCCUCACCCAAAGCAUUGUAAAAUGUGCUACUGUUAUGUGUGUGAUGCUCCAGCUCCAUGCAAGCAAUGGGGCAAAGGCCUCUUGAAUGGUGGUCAUUGUCAUGCCACCGACAAGGACACAAAGUGGGUAACACUGAGGCAAUCAUUCAAGCGCAACUUUGAGCCGGGCGAGGAGGCCACUGUGUCCGCUGGGAACCUACCCUAUGGCUUUGACACCGAGCGCCUUCGCCAGUUCUUCAGAUCAUUUACAACAAGGGAACAGGCAAGAGUUGUGGACAGGGGAACUGGUUUUGACAUCGAGCGCCUUGGCCAGCUCUUCAGAUCAUUUACAACACGGGAACAGGCAAGAGCUGUGGACAGGGAAACUGGCUGAGUAUGUUGUGCAGAAUUUCCAUCUGCGUAGGGCUGGGUGAAGGCCAACUCGGACGGUGCAUUCUCACAAAACCGAGACAAAGGUGGGGCGGGGGUGUGCUAAGGGAUCAGAAUGACGCUUUCAGAGCUAAAAAAUGGUACAUGUAUGGGCCUGCUACAAAAGGUUACAGGCCUUUCCUUAAAUAAUCUCCACCGCCCCCUUGAUUUUCACCAGGGUGGCCCUUCCCUCCACCUUAAUCCAAUUAAAAUCCGCCAGAUCAAUAUCAGCCUGUAAACAUUAUGUAAUUGUUUUUUUGAGAAAAGGCUAGACGCCCGACUUUAUAAAUAAAGCCAA